AUGUCGUGGAUGGAAGUCUGCUUGGAAGAAGAGCUGCCCCCGACUACAGAGCUGGAGGAGGGCUUAAGAAAUGGUGUCUACCUUGCCAAGCUUGCAAAAUUCUUUGCCCCUAAUGUUGUGUCAGACAAAAAGAUCUACGAUGUGGAGCAAGCACGCUAUAAGAGAUCCGGUCUUCAUUUUCGGCACACUGACAACACAGUGCAGUGGUUAAGAGCAAUGGAGUCCAUUGGUCUGCCUAAGAUCUUUUAUCCAGAAACUACAGAUGUCUACGAUAGGAAAAACAUCCCUAGGAUGAUAUAUUGCAUUCAUGCUCUAAGUUUGUAUUUGUUCAAACUAGGAUUAGCACCACAGAUCCAAGACCUGCUGGGAAAAGUAGACUUCACAGAGGAAGAAAUCAGCAACAUGCGAAAGGAGCUAGAGAAGUAUGGUAUACAGAUGCCAUCUUUCAGUAAAAUUGGUGGGAUUCUGGCCAGUGAAUUAUCAGUGGAUGAAGCUGCAU